AUGGCAGCGCUGUCACGACUGCUUGUCUUUUGUGACUACCUUGAGAAUCGUCUACACACGUCGAGUCUAUCGUUACUACGUCGUAUACUACUCGACUUUUAUGCCGGCAAUGAACACACAUUGGUGGACUUUAUGCGUCUGGGCGCAAGUGUCGUGUCUGUGAUGCCCAUAGAGAAGACAGGUUCUCACCAUCGGAAAGAGGCGACACAAUUGUUAAUACAGCAGAUAAUAGGAGAUCACAACGUUCGGAAAGAAGACGUACCGUCGAAUCAGGUGAAUAUUCAUCAAUCGACUCAGAAUCAGAUGGACACGAUAGGAUCCCAGCAAUUGGAAGCGUGUGUUUUCCGUUUCUUGUCGGCUCGUGUAGCAACCAAAAACAUUUUGUGGCUGCGUGAUAUGUAUUACGAAUUUUGCAAAGGUGAGGAUGCAAUGCUGCAUGAGUUUGUGAUGCGUGGCAACGAGCCCAUUUGUGUCAUCCCCGUGGAUAUCCAAGCUUUGGGUAUGGCUCCACUGCCGCCAUCACCGCUAACAGUGGGUACUAUAAGGAAGAUGAAGACGGACACCUCAGCUUCGACGUCGUCACGGGCAACAACACCAUCACAAACAUUAUCCCCCCAGAGAAAGAGGAGGAGGGAAAAAAAGAGAGCAGCAAGUCACAAGAGAAAGAAGAGUCGCAGAACUUUAGUGGCUGCACAGAGAAAAAUUGAUAUUGCUGCUACAAUAAAGGCGACACCGGAAUCUUUGGCGUCUCCUUCAGCAGAUGAGGUACGACAGAGCAUUGUGACUGCGGUGAAGCGGAUAGAGGAGAAAGAGCCGUGGAAGUGCACGUUCAAGAUCGAAACUCUAGUGAUGCCAUUUUCACGAAUCAGACAUCCAAAGUUGGCGGAGGCGCUGCAAACAUUUUGGGAGACUCAUGCUCGAGCGGUUUGGGAGCGUAAGUUUUGGUCACCUCUCCCUUGUCCCCGCACGCACCAACUUCAUAAUGAACGACGAUGUCGUCAGAGCAAAGCGCUAGUCUUUUUCGAAAAGCGUGUGCUGAUUCCUGUGGAUAAAGAUCUCGGAGCAUCUUUCUUCGUCGAUAUGGAUCGGCGUAGAACACCUUACAGUGGAUGGUUCUACCUUGACGAAGCUGUGGACUUGUUCACGCUGGCACAGCGCUACAGUUUGUCCGUUUGCCUACAGUAUAUAGAGCUGGAGGCAUGGAAGCGGUUUCCCAUUGCCCCCGGUGUAGGCCGGAGAUUUUCUUCGGAAAGCAUGUGGUCGUCGUCCACACAACUAAGACCAGUACUGAGCCAGAUCAUGGCUGCCAAGGCCAAGACGGAUGUCAAACAGCCUUCAUAA